CAUGUGAAUCAAAGGGGAAGAGCGAGAGGAAACAGGGAUCAGCAUGGAAAUGGACGAAAAGCUGAACAAACAGAGAUGUAAGGCUUUUGCAUCAUCCGGAGAAGAUCCCCAUCUAUCCACUGCUGCUUUGAUAUACGACAAGCGAGGAUGGCAAAAGAGCCUGGGCUGCAACUAACUGUCAACUACUGACCCUUUCUCCCUUCGGCCAAAGACAACAGCAGCGCAGCACUGUUAGCAUCAAGCCUCUGGGGACAAUGCGCCAAGACAGACGGAGAGACCGCAACACUGGAGCGCUGACACAUGUUCUGCCUGUGCACGCAUGCAUGUCGUAGACAGCUAUGAGUUGCUUCAAGCGGACUAAUUUUCCCAGUAUUUCUGAGUACAGCCACAUGUAGGUUGGAUUUAAAGAAGAAGGAUUUGUCAAACGUUGUAAUUCAUCACAUUCAGAAACGAUGGAUGCCAGAAAUUAAAAAGUACUUAGAUUAAAACAGGCAAUCACUAGAUAUGAAACAUCAGGGCAGCUUGUCAGACAACAACAAAAUGAUGAGAUAUCAAUAUUGGGUUCCUUAAGCGAAUCAUCACAUACACUUCACUGCCUCCAGGUAUCAAGGCCUGGUCAGAAGCUGCUGACAAUUGGCCUUACAAAUGUGACUGAGCGAAUUAAUCAAACCAUGAAGUGGAGACGACGCCACUGCUGUACACAUACAGUUAAACUUAUCUAUCUCCUCUCACUGUUGGGAGUACUGGUCUUCCUGGUUCAACAGGUGUGGCUGCCUAGGCUCACAGGUAUGCCAUGGAGGCGAGGCAAUCCUGUGGUGUACGGAGGUGGAGAACUUCAUACCACCAAAGUCAAAUCGAACAUGAGCGCCCAACAAUCAGUGUGGAGGUUUGUCAAUCCUCAGCCGACUUUCAAUGCUGAUGCUAACAUCAGCUCCCAUGAAAAGGAAGGUGCCCCCUCUCCUCGGGAAGACCCAAGUUUUGAGCACACUUUGGCAGCCACUGUACAGGGAGAACUUGGCAGCACUAUAACCCAUGGGCCUUUUACUUAUAUCAUCAACGAGCCAGACAAAUGUGCCGAGAGCAGACCUGCGCCAUUUCUGGUGUUGUUGAUAGCCACUGAGGCUCGGCAGGUAGAGGCAAGAAAUGCAAUACGGCAGACAUGGGGGAAUGAGAGUGUGGCUCCAGGUCUGGGAUUCAUCCGACUAUUUCUGCUGGGGAAAAAUGAGGGAGAGCUGGGACUUCUGCAGCAGAGGAUGCUAGAAGCAGAGAGCCGGAGGCAUCAUGAUAUCAUUCAACAGGGGUUUAUGGAUUCCUACAAAAACCUGACCAUUAAGACAUUGAUGGGAAUGAACUGGGUGGCAAUUCACUGCCCACGAGCCAGCUAUGUCAUGAAGACGGACAGUGAUAUGUUCGUCAACACAGAGUACCUCAUUAACAAGCUGCUCAGGCCAGAAAUGAAGCCUAAAAAAAACUACUUCACAGGCAAUAACAUGAGAGGCUUUGCACCAAACCGAAAUAAAAACAGCAAGUGGUACAUGCCGCCUGAAUUGUAUCCAAGUGAUAAGUAUCCAACCUUCUGCUCUGGGACUGGUUACGUCUUCUCUGGAGACUUGGCAACAAAAAUCUAUCGAGCAUCGCUAAGUAUCAGUCACCUGCAUCUGGAGGAUGUGUACGUGGGAAUAUGCCUGGCCAAGCUCCGGAUCGAGCCCACUCCUCCACCCAAUGCAUUCCUAUUCAACCACUGGCGGGUAUCUUACUCCAGCUGCAAGUACAGCCAGUUGAUAACAUCACAUGGGUUUCAUCCCAAUGAACUACUUAAAUACUGGCAUCACCUGCAGAGCAACAAACGUAACGCCUGUAUAAACACAUUGAAAGCGAGAAUAGGCAGGACGCACUAAAACAGAAUGAACGUAGACAAAACCAGCUCAACAACUGAAAAGUUCGCUUUCUCUUUUUACAAGCGCUUUGUUAGAUACAAAUAAUGAUUUAUAUUUCACCACAUUCUCUGAGAACUCAAAAGAAAUUCUGCAUAGAUGUUGUUUUGAUUAAGUGCUCUAAAAUGAUGCCAAUUUUGUACAAAAUAGUUUG